CUAGCUUCACGCGGUUAGUUUAUAUCACGUUUCGCGCUCGGGAGGGCGAUGCAUUUGUGCGUACGAACAUACAACGCACGAACGUAGCCUGUGUGCAUACUGCCAAUACUGUGUUCUCAUUAGGGGAAUUGCCGGUACUGUGAGUUCACCGUGUGUGCAGCUUCUUUCUGGACAAAUGAAGGUAUUUAAAAGAAUUCCAAUGUUGUGUGAAUUUAGUAGGUACUGUGCACAUGCCUGUGUUCCCUCCAUAUCUUAAAAAGGCGUGUUGGGUCUUGAGCAAAAUGACAGUGAUAGCUGGUCACGGCGAUGGUGAAUGGCAAAUGCAACCCGGCACAGCUGCUUGGCAAGUUCGUGCGGUACUGUUUCUUCCCGAGUUCAGCCGCCAGCCGUAAACCUGGGCCUUCUGGUGCGAACAACUGGACGGACACAGCCAAAUGACGUUUCCCUGUUUUAUUCGCUAACACAAGACUCAAUACGUAGUUAAAAUCAUCAACUGUACAAAACAUUUUAUUAAUAUCAGACACCGUGCAUAACUAAAGGCUAUUCAAAAUGUCGGAAAAACGUGAUUUGUGUCGUGAAGACGUUGAGAAAUAUUUGGACACCCAUCAUGAUAUUGCCAUGGAGAUUUUUGCUGCAAAGGCAACACCAGAGUUGGUGGAUGGAUGGCUGUCCAAGCAUUCAGUUGGUCAUGUUGCAAAGAGCAUGUCAAGCCAUGAAAUUGGGUCCUGGCCGGAUGUCUCUGCCUGUGCAUCAAACACAGACAAGCACAAAAUGUUGCACUCCUUACGCAAAAGUUUUGCAGGUGCCAGUGGAAGUUUACGCAGUCUUCUGUCACCAAGGAAACGGAAAGUGGUGCGAAGAAAUAAAUCUGCACUCAAGCAGCUUGAUGAGAAAGAUUUGUUUAUGGAACUGAUUCGUGACAUAGCUGAUGAACUUGACCUACACACGCUCAGCCACAAGAUUCUCAUGAAUGUGAGUAUCUUGACGAAUGGAGAUCGCUGCAGCCUCUUUUUGGCACGUGGAAAUCGUGAUAAUCGCUACCUAGUGUCCAAGCUUUUUGACGUGACGGAGAAUUCAACAGUUGAGGAUGCUCUUCACUCCGAAGAAGAUGAAAUUCGUAUACCCUUUGGACAGGGUAUAGCUGGGCAUGUGGCACAAACCAAGGAGACAGUCAACAUAAAGAAUGCAUAUGAGGAUCCUCGUUUCAAUCCCGAGGUAGACAAGCGAACUGGCUACCGCACCUACAGUAUUCUCUGUAUGCCCAUCAUCAACCACGACGGAGAUGUGAUUGGAGUUGCACAGGUCAUUAACAAGGUCUCCGGCUCCCAUGAGUUCACCAACAAAGAUGAGGAGGUCUUCAGAAACUAUCUGACAUUUUGCGGUAUCGGCAUCAUGAAUGCCCAGCUGUUUGAGAUGUCUGUCAACGAGUACAAACGCAAUCAGAUGCUACUGCAGCUGGCCCGUGGCAUCUUUGAGGAACAGACAUCCCUGGAGAGUGUUGUCCACAAGAUUAUGAAGGAGGCCAUCACACUGCUCAAGUGCGAGCGUUGCUUGGUGUUUCUCCUGGAGGAUCACGACAAAUCGGCCUUUCUGAGUCAGCUCAGAGAAUCGCAGGGUCAGCAGAAGGCACUGGAAUCACCGGUCGCUGUCAAAAGCAACGCCGAUUUGGACCUGACCAAGGAAUUCCAUGCAGGUUUCAGCAAAGCUUUUGACCUCUUGGCUAAGAACAAGGAGGAGGUUAGGCAACCAAGUGAUGACUCGCUGAACAAGUCUGUGUACUCUGAGAUUGCUAAAUACGUGGCACUGACAGGAAAGACCAUCAACAUUGAGAAGUUUGAUAUGCAGUCCAAGUUCAAGCUGGUCGCUGAGGUAGACAUGGACUUCAAGUUGCACACGCUGCUAUGCCAGCCCAUCUACAACAGCCAGAACAAGAUUGUGGGUGUGGCAGAGAUGAUCAACAAGAUUGGGACGGCUCUCAACCCCACCUUUACUGAUCAGGAUGAGAACCUGUUUGAGGCUUUUGCCAUCUUCUGUGGACUGGGCAUCCACAACACACAGAUGUAUGAGAGUGCUGUCAAGCUGAUGGCCAAACAACAGGUAGCGCUAGAGGUCUUGUCCUAUCAUGCGACAGCACAGCAGGAUGAAGUAGAGAAACUCAAGCAAGCCGGCCCGGUGGAGAGCUCAGACAAGUUGAACCUGCACAACUUUACCUUCAAUGACUUCUCCUUGGAGGAGGACGAGACACUACAGGCCUCCAUCUGCAUGUUUGAGGAGUGCAACCUCAUCAACAAGUUUCACAUCCCUUACGAUGUCUUGUGUCGUUGGUUGUUGAGCGUGCGAAAGAACUACCGCCCCGUCAUUUACCACAAUUGGAGACAUGCUUUCAAUGUUGCCCAAACAAUGUUCGCCAUGUUCAAGUCUGGUGGGAUGGGCCAAGUCAUGUCUGACCUGGAGUCAUUUGCUCUGCUAGUUGCCUGUCUCUGCCAUGACCUGGAUCACCGUGGCACAAACAAUGCUUUCCAACUGAAAACAGCCUCAGCUCUGUCCCAGUUAUAUAGCACAUCCACCAUGGAGCAUCAUCACUUUGAUCAUUGUAUCAUGAUCCUCAACAGUGAGGGGAACAAUAUCUUCCAGUUCCUCUCGCCAGAGGACUACCGAGAGUUGAUCCGCAUGCUGGAGAGUGCCAUACUGUCUACUGACUUGGCGCUGUACUUUAAGAAACGCAAUGAUUUCUUCAAACUGGUUGAACAAGGAGUAAAAGACUGGCAUAAUCCGAGGCACAGGGACCUACUGAGGGGGAUGAUGAUGACUGCCUGUGAUGUCUCGGCCAUCACCAAGCCCUGGGAGGUCCAGAGGAGGGUAGCUGAGCUAGUAGCCAGUGAGUUCUUUGAACAGGGUGACAUGGAGCGAGAGCAGCUGAAGGAAGAACCCAUAGCCAUGAUGGAUCGGAAGAAAAAAAGUGAACUUCCCAAGAUGCAAGUGGGGUUCAUUGAUGCAAUAUGUAUGCCAGUGUACAAGAAUCUAGCCUCGAUGCAGCCUCAGCUGGCCCCACUAUACCAGGGCAUGCAACAAAACCGCAGCCAGUGGCAGCAGCUGGCUGACACUGAGGCCCAAAAGACCAUAGAGGCCCAAAAAGCUGAGGAGGAAAAAAAGAAGAGAAAAACCAUCCGGGAGCAGGCCAAGGAGCGAAAUGCGACGGCCAAGGAUGAGAAAGCCUAUCUCGCCAAGCAGGCUCAGGAAGAAGCCGCCUCAUCAAAGGGAGUAGAAGCCGCAACCCAGAGCAAGAACCAGAGGAACUCCAGGGGUAGCACCACUAGCGGGGAGCACGGCCGCGUCAGUAAUGUGGUCAGCAGUCAGUGUAAGGAGGCCCUGGCCCCCAGUAAGAACCGCAGCAGCUUCUGUCUCCUGCUUUAGUCAAUCAUCGGGACAUCACGCUCAACCCCAUCCUUCCCUCUUGUUAUGCCCCUUGAAGUUUGUGACUGGCUCAGUUCCAUUCUGGCAUCUUUAUGCAUGGUCAGAUUCAGUCCUUCCUGUCGUCAUCGGAGGUUCCUUUUGCUGGGGUAUUGCAGAACUGCAGUAGAAUCUUAAUGAGGUCUUGAAGUUUGUGUAAGAUUAUGCCUCUACUGUUUUUUAAUGCAUGCUGGAAGCUUAGAACAAACUAGCCGGCGCAACCAUGUUUGCUAUAUCUUGCAUAACAAGGGGAUCUCCUAUUAAAAUUGUUUGCACUAGCCCUUUACAGCCAGAAACGCACUACCCUUCAAAAGUUCCUCUGGUAUCCAAAACUAAACCAGAGAUCCUGAGACUUGUCAAGAGUAAGAACAUCAAGAAUCUACUUCAUGGGAAACUUAACUAAGGCUGUCAGAUAUUUUUGGAGGGUUAGUUCUGGCGUCAAGAAUUAUUCCACUUUCAAGAAAAUGUGGUCAUCCCCCUUCCCCCAAAAAGUCAGUUGCAAAAGGUAAUGAAGCUCCACUGAGACUGUCUAACAUACCUGUACUUUUUGGUAUGGUUGAAAGGGUUCAUUAUAAUAAAGUCAAGUUGCCUAUGUACUGCUCAAAAAGAUACCUGAACAAUUACUAUCACUACAGAUUUCAUGUUCCAGUCUGUUUCUUUCAUUCCAGCUUUUUUCGAUAGAAAGAUUUGGGCUUGAGAGGUCAAACGUACAAGUUUCAAGCUUUACACUGUGUUGUGUAAUGCAACAGCUUGUGCAUAUAAAGGAUGGCAAAACCACUGGAAACGAUUUUUACUGGCAUUUUAAGCCUGUGUCUAUUGCAGGAAUUGGUGCAAUUGAAUAUAGGUGUGUGUGUGUAUGCAUCAAACCUUGCUCUGGGAACUUGGCAGCAGUUGAGGUGUUUGAAUUAACCUCACAGGUAACCUGUGUAAGAGCAGAUCAUUGGUAGAAUGCCUACAGUCAAGUCAGGACAGCAGUCGUACUUGUUGGGAGUAGUGGGUGUUAGCAAAUCACACACUGUCCUUUCUUGAGGUUCAAAAAAUCUGGCAGCUUUUGUGUUUACAUGUGAGUAGUAAUUGGCCAUUCCUGUUUCUUUGGAAGUCUCCCGAGGUUUUGGUUCAAAAAGAAAACAAGUAUUAAAUGUAUUCAGUAUUCAAGCAUAGUAUUCAGAGUUGUUUAGCUGUCAUUAGAUUUCAGCAUUGCACAAAAGUUUAUUUAUGCAUGAAGUGAGUACUGCGGAAGGGGAUUCUCAAUAUCAGUAUUCACUUAGUAAUUUAAACAACUCGGCAGAACUUUUCUACCAAAAUAUAACAAAUCCCCCUUGUCAGAAAUGUGGCAGUCAGCCAAGUGAAGCAGUGUGUCUUCAGACAUCACCUUUGGCCACUGAGAUUUUAGCCUCGCCCUCAGUUUAAUUUACGCUAUGUGGACUUUGUUUCAGCAGUGAAUUGACAGUGUCUGCCAUACCCUUUUGAUUGAGUUGCACUUGGCUUUCUGUUUCACUAACUUAAGUAAUUUAUAGGGAGGAUUUGUAAAAGAACUGGAAGACUUCAAAUAAGAUGGGUUUGUUUGCUUAUGAGCAUUUUUAUGAAACUUGUACGGUUUUGUGUGUGCAAUAAAACAUUCUGUGGGGUUUAAGAUGAACUGUUCAUAUUCUUUUUAUGCAAAAUGUAUAUUCAGACAGCUUUCAUAUUCAGCGAGUGAAUGCAACCUUAUGUGUAAGACUAUAUCAGUUAGUUUUUAGAGUUGAUGAGCAUGUAUGUAUCUAACUUUUAAUUUAUCAUUAUAAAAAUGUUUUAGAGUUAAUUGAGAUUUUUUUAAUUUUGCUUUGUUUAUGCCAAAACAUCUUCUGCUUGCCAUGAUUUUUUAAAGUGACUUAGUGAACCUCGGGGAAGAUUAAACAACUGUUCAAGUAUGGUGAGUUGAAGUUGAGUGGAUAGCUAUUAUGAGAGGCAGGUCACAAGCUGUUUUCACUCAAUUUCUUGUCAUUUGUACUUAAAUUCAUCAGCAUAAUUAUAGGCGGGGCAAACAUAUGUACAUUAUACAACCUUUCUAUUCUUCAGUUGAAUGUAACUAAACAAAGCUUUAAUGGCAAGGGUUGUCAUAGGAACAGGAAGCCAUCAAGAUUUGGAGUGGAGAUUGCACUGAUUGUUAGAUUUCAUCGGCCCAGUGCUGUGGCUCACUAUCCUGUGUUGCGUUUGAGACUUUCUCAGGGUUUGCCAUGUUUCAAAACUUACUGUAAAUACUGUUACAUAAAACACAUCAAAUAACUAAACGAUAGUGUAAAGUAGUUGGUUUUUGUGUUACAUUUAAGAGAAAAUUUCACUAUUUACCAGGUUUUUAUGAGUUUACAUUGCCAGUGCAGUUUUUAAGUUAGCGCCGAGGUAAAAAAGUUGUUCGGCUUGAUUACGAUCAAAGAGAAUGCUAUAACAGAGGAUGAUGUUUCCAUGAAGUACUUUUGCCAAGACUGUAUAGUCUAAAAUGAGUAAAAUGAAGUAAAUUUUUGGGUUCAAAAUCAUACCCAUAAGGUCAUUCAAAGAGGCAUGGUUUUAUAAACAGUUUGCAUUUUAUAUUUUAUUUACCUCAUUUAAGUGUUGUAAUGGGGAAGUUGGUUCUUUCAGUAAGAUUUUCUGGUCAGUGUUGCCGAAAGUUGAGCAGUACUACAUGUAAUGGAAGUGUUUGUGCAGAAGAGAGUGUGACCCACUAUUCCCAAAUAAGGCUGAAGUAAGUGAUUUUGAUGUUCGAAAAUCCCCCCCCCCCAAUUAAUUUUUAUACUUCAAAGUGGUGUGAAGUAAAAAAACAACUGUCCGCAGGAAACUCUGAUAGUUACACUUACAGGCAAUGAAAGUCGUAGAACUUGGAGUGUUGAUGCAUAUGUCCAGUAAUAGCUAAAAUUCUACGGCCUGGUUUCAGAAUGGUGGGGCACCAAUUUUCUGCCAUAGGUCACUCUUGAAGUGGUGAUCAUGCGGUACUCUCUACCUCACAUGAACAAAUCAGCCAGCAACUUGAACCCUCGCUAACUUAAAGAAACGCACGAGUGUUUUUGAAGCACGUUUAAUAAAUUGAAUCUAUUCAAGUAUGAUAGCUUUGUAUGACAAAGAACGUGUUCAUAAGUGUAAUUACCAUUAUAGUUCUUUCAGAUUUAAAUUUUUUACUAGCAGCUUUUCACAGUUUAGUGAGUAUAUGCUCUGAAUAUUAUAUUGUAAAUUAUUAAGUGAUUAUUGAAAUUACCAAGUGAUUUAUGCAUUUACUGAAUGGAAAUGGUUAUAUUGCACCAGAUUUGAUGUGCACCAGAUAAUGAACAGCAAGGCUAGUUGAAAUAGCAUCUAUAUAUAUUGUAGCAAAUGCACAUCCCUGUAUAUCACCAAUGGUAUCUUCCAAAGCACAUAUGUUUGUAGGCAAAGCCGGAUAAUAAGUCUUGAUUAUAAAAAAAAAAAGAAAUUGUUCAAUUUUGUGUUGAUAUAUUAUGCAAGAUUUAUCACCUGGCGUAGCAGACUAGAUCGGAAUGCACAUGUUAUGGUUUGAUUAAGUAUAUAAAUAUGUUGAUCAGUAUCUGAAGGGAUUAUGUUUAUAUUUUAUCUUUUCACAAUGCCCACUUUCCCUACACCCUGAAAGUACUGUAGGAGUAGCCUUACUAGGGGAGCAGCUUAAUAAACAUGGCUUAGUAUAGUUACGCUGGCGUGAUGUACAUGCAUUGCUUUUAGCUCAAAGACUAAAUUAGUCUUUAAUGCAAAAUGAAUAAUACUAGUUCGUGUAGAUACUAAUAAAACUGUCCCAUCAGGAGUAGGAUUUAGACUGGUAACCUGGCCUUUGUGGAAUGAGGACUGGCAACAGCAUUACAAUUUCUGCAGUUUGAUUGGUUGUUAAUUACUGUGACAAUUAUCCCCUCAUUGUUCUGAUUGGUAUGAUGUGCAAAUAUUCCCAUUUGGACUCCUCACAGAGCAUGCUAUGAAUGACUCCUUUUUCAGCCAGGGUCAGACCAAACUCAUGGGUGCUCUGGAUAUGUUGACAUCAAUUGGCAAAGCAGGAUCUGCCUUUGUAACUCACAGUGAAUGAUGAUCCUGUGUCUAACGUCAGCAUAAGUACACUUGGUGAAGCGUUUCACCCUGUGACUACUUUGGACACAUACUUUCCAUGCAAAGUACAUACUGAGCCACACUUUGACAAUACAUUCAGUGGUGAUCAUUGAUUGGAAAAGGUCCCCCAAAAUUACAUAUACAUUUAGGAUAAAUCCUCUAUGAUUUGAACUAUCAGAUCCCUUUCACAAAAUCCAUUUACUUGUGUAUAACUUUUGGGAAGGUGGGUUAAUCUUAUAUAUCUGCUCAUUACUGCAAACAUUUCCACAUUAUGGCAUGUCAGAGUCUUUGCAGUGAACCAUGUUAGAAUCAUCUCUGCCCCCCCACACACACACACACUUUCCAUUUUGCAUGAAGACGUGUAGUAAAUUUGUACUGGUUUUUUUUUUCCCAGAGAAAUUAAAUUUGCCCAGGCAAGUACAGAGUGUGAAACUAGAAGGUGUUGUAUGUAGCUACAGACCUUAAUCCUUCACCAGGUGGACUGAGGACUGGGGUUAAAGAGGAAAAGAACUAACCAUUAGAGUUUAGCGUUCAAAUGUUGGUAGGAAGGCAACAGGAAAAACAGUCGAACAUAAACUGUAAAAAAUUAAUCAACCGUCUGUUAAAAUGUAAUCCCAGCUUGACAAUUUACUGUUAGCACUGAUUGACAACUACAACUUCUUGAACAUCAUGGUUUGAUUUUUACAAGUAGGGCAGGCCAGUAAAGAUCUAAUCUUUGGGGGUAGCCCAUAAUGAUAUUGUGGUACAUUUUCUUCACGAUACAAAAUUUCACAAAAUACAAAAUUUUUGAAACCUUGUAUGGCAUCCUCUGAGCACCUGUGUAUUAAAUUUUCUGAGCCAUUUGUUGAAGUAAAAUUCAGUGAAGUGAUCCAACCUUUGAUAUAGUUGCCGUGACAUGUUUCGAGAGACAAUGAUGUUAAACUUUGUUGCAUUAUAAAUAGUGUACAUUCUUCGGUGAUUCAAGUAAUCUGUUUUGGAAUUGUAUUAAUUGUUCCGAAAAAUGAAAGAAUUCUUGAUAAGUUCAUAUGCAGGUCAGAGUUUUAUUUUCAUGAUGAUCAGUUGGUUGAGUUUUCAAGUUCAGAUCAAUGCAUACAGAGCAGCACAACUGAUGACACUUUUGUAUUGCUUAAAUCUUGGAUACUUGUUUGUGUUUUCACAGUACUGUGGCAUUCACUGAUUUCUUUUUUUUCCUAUGCGGAAAACAAAAACGAACAAGAGCUAACAGUUGACGUACCUAGUGUAGACAUUAUUGUGUACCACCUCAGUUACAUAAUUUAUAACUUGACCACUUGGGCCUUAUUUCCUGAAACAAAAUAUCUUGGAGUAGAUUUCCAUACUUAACAAAAGACGUCCAAGUUAAUACUAAUACAUAUGCCAUAAAGGUAACCGGUUUCUGUGUAGUAAAAAUCCUCCAUGAAAUACGCUCCCAUCAAUGCAUAUACACGUCAUCUGAAGCUUUUUUCUAAUGAUGUUCUGUUUCUUGGGGUAAGUCCCAGCUGGUCAGUACAAAACUACCAAGUUGCAGUAUCCCAGUAAAAUGUUCCAGAGUAAAACUCAUCAACAGUUUACCACCCAAAUCUAAUCAGCACUAAUGUUGAGGCUAUUCACGCAAAGAUUUUGUUUGUAGCGACACACAGUUGAAGUACUAGCAUCAACAGGUAGCUUAUUAAGUUAUGUUUACCAUACUUUAAACAUGUUAUAUUCCAUCCAUUAAUUAAAUACACCUCAUUGCAAUAUUAUACUGCCACAUAGUUGCAAUAAACUGUUAAUACUGAAAAUA